AUCUGACCUGGCAACAAAAUAACGUAGCUAGAGAAAUCUGCCAGGGAGGGGGCUGAAGAACAAAACAAUGACACUGUUCGGAAGGAUUCAAACACAGUAACACUUUUUAAAGACUUUUUAAACGGAUUCGCGCGGAUUUCCCUCCCGUUUGACAGCAAAAACAGUCCGCGCACAUCCGAGCUUUUGACAUCGACUGGCUGUUGUUUUUGUUGAUAUGUUGUUACAGCUCAGUUGACAGACUGGAGGCUAGCUGCUUGUUAGGACGGCUGUGUACUGUUAGAGCUCGCUGGCUCGCUAAUUACAGUUUUUUCUUUGGGAAAAAGUUCAAACUGUUCGUCGAAACCAACUCGCUGUAAACCACGUACUGCUGCUUUGUUGCCAAAUUGUCCGCCGAGUUUGCCUGCGAGCUGUUGAGGGUCAGUUUGCUAGCUAGUUAGCCUGUUGUUAGCAUCAACAUUUGCACAUUCAUCUUUUCAGGGAGAGCUCAUUGUCUCGGUUGGUACAAGCUACUUGCAUAUUGUUUCUGUAUUAUUUUGGUCUAUUCGCUGACCUUAGAUGUAUUACAUGUCAUGCUGCAGCUAAGUGCUAACUUUAAUACACGAACAAGCUAACUGGUAUAAAGAUAUCAGGUGUUACUCAAGGAUCCGGCUGUUUAUCUUUCAUUGCCUCACUGUUAGUUGCACUCAAUAAUAUUGUUAUUAAAAUCGUUUGAAGUGUUUGAAAUUCAUGCUGCGAAAAGUAAUUUGAUAGAUUGUAUUGUUGUUGUUGUUGUUGUUGUUGAAACUUAGUUGUUAAAGUGAGCGGAUCACCAGCCCUGUUACUAUGCAGCUGUUGAUUUAGUCAUUGCAUUUGUUCAUUUCAGUGGUCAGUAUUACUGCAUGUUAUACAUUUCCCAUUAACUGCUAUUGGAAAUUGCUGGGGCUGUUGUCAAAGGUGUUCCAAUAGGCACUGCUCUGUAUUUACCUGGUAAGAAACGAUGAGUGGGCAUGGCUCAUCUUCAGAAAAGGGAGUCAAUACUAGUCUAAUAUGUCAAGAGAGUUACUCCUGUGGUGGCUCUGAGGAGGCUGCAUUUGAGUGUGAUGAGUGCAAGAGCUUGCAGUGCGUUCAGUGCGAGCUCGAGCUCCACAACCAGGAGCGUCUGAAGAACCACGAGCGGGUUCAGAUUGGUCCUGGGCAUGUCCCUUACUGUGAUAACUGUAAAGGAGGUAAUGGAGACAGUGGCAAACGCCAUAGAUCUGUGGUCCGCUGCCAGAACUGCAAAGUUAACUUGUGUCAAGACUGUCAGAAACGAACCCACAGUGGAGGCAACAAGAAGAAACACCAGCUCACAUCUUAUUCUCCACCACCCAAAACUGCAGUGGUCAACUCUGUCCAGACAUCUGUCCUGCCCGCUGUCCAAAUAGCCGAUGGGACCAAAUCUCAGAUAGCAAAACUUCUGGAGAAGGUUUCCAGUUUUCUCUUGGUUGAUGAGAAUGAGGAAAUGCAGAUAAAAGAUGAAACUUCAUUUAUAAAGCGCCUGAGCUGCGACCCUGACCAGCUGCUGAAAGUGGUGUCCAUCUUUGGCAACACAGGAGAGGGCAAAUCCCACACCCUGAACCACACUUUCUUUAUGGGCAGAGAAGUGUUCAAGACUUCUCCCACACAAGAGUCAUGCACGGUGGGCGUGUGGGCAGCGCUUGACCCCAUCCGUAAAGUAGUGGUCAUCGAUACAGAGGGGCUGCUCGGGAACAGUUCCAAACAGGGCCAGAGAACCCGUCUCUUGCUCAAGGUGCUCGCCAUCUCCGACCUCAUCAUUUACCGCACCCACGCUGACCGUCUCCACGACGACCUCUUCAAGUUCCUCGGGGAUGCCUCAGAUGCAUAUUUGAAGCAUUUUACCAAGGAACUAAAGGCCACAACAGCCCGCUGUGGCCUGGAUGUCCCACUGUCCACCUUGGGCCCUGCGGUGGUCAUCUUCCAUGAAACCGUCCACACUAAGUUACUUGGUUCAGAUAAAUCACUGGACUCAGUAGAUCGGCUGCUGUUGGAGCGCUUCAAGAAGCUUUCCCGUUUCCCAGAAGCCUUCAGCUCCGUCCAGUACUGGGGCACGCAGACUCUCAACCCCCCCACUGACUUCCGUGGCCUGCAGAAUAAACUGGAGCAGCUCCUGGAUAACAACGCCACCCGUUCCCCACGCACCCCCAUGGUCAUCUUCAAAGCUCUGCAGGCACUGAGUGAGCGCUUCAAUGGGGAAAUUGCAGGUGAGCUUGUAGCCCACAGUUGCUUCUUCCCUGAUGAGUACUUCACCUGUUCCAGCCUGUGCCUCAGUUGUGGAUCUGGCUGCAAGAACAGCAUGAACCACUUAGGAGAAGGAAUGUGCCAUGAGGCAAAGCAUCGUUGUCGUUAUUCUGUCCAUUAUGAUAAUCGCAUUUACACCUGUAAGGCUUGCUAUGAAGGGGGAAAGGAAGUUAUAGUUGUCCCUAAGACCUCGGCUUCCUGUGACUCUCCAUGGAUGGGCCUCGCCAAAUACGCCUGGUCUGGGUACGUUAUUGAAUGUCCCAACUGCGGAGUGAUCUAUCGGAGCCGUCAGUACUGGUAUGGGAACCAGGACCCUGUGGAUACAGUUGUCCGCACUGAGAUCCAGCAUGUCUGGCCAGGGUCGGAUGGCUUUCUAAAGGACAAUAGCAAUGCAGCGCAGCGUCUUCUGGAUGGAGUCAACCUAGUGGCCCAGUCUGUGUCAGAGCUAAGUGUCAAGCCUGCCAAGGCCGUCACCUCUUGGCUGACAGAUCAGAUCGCCCCGGCCUACUGGAAACCCAACUCCCUCAUCUUGGUGUGCCAUAAGUGUCACACAGUCUUCCAGGACAAUGACACCAAACAUCACUGCCGUGCCUGCGGGGAGGGCUUCUGUGACGGCUGCUCUUCCAAAGCUGCGCCCGUCCCCGAGAGAGGCUGGGGUCUUGCCCCUGUCAGAGUCUGUGAUGUCUGCUUUGAGCAGAGAGCUUCAUACGCAGAGCUGCUUGAGGCGGAGCUUGAAGAGGAAGAAGGUGGAACCCUCGCCAGGAAGGUUGGAGAAGCGGUGACCAACACCAUCGGGGUUGUGGUCACUGCUAUUGACAUCCCACUUGGUCUAGUGAAAGACGCAGCCCGUCCUGCCUACUGGGUGCCUGACCAGGACAUCCUGUCCUGCCACAACUGCCAACGCGAGUUCACUGCCAAGCUGUCCAAGCACCACUGCCGCGCCUGUGGCCAAGGAGUGUGUGACGACUGCUCCCCUGAGCGCCGACCGGUUCCAUCGCGGGGAUGGGACCACCCGGUUCGUGUGUGCACCAGCUGCAACCAGAAACCUGGAGAACUUUAACAGGGACGGCCUUCCUUCCUCGGAGCACCGGAGAGAACCACUCGCUCACUCAGCUAGCAGUCUGUCACUGCUUUACCUCGGUUACUUUGAUGGUUCUGUCUUGUAUCUGUGGAAAGGAAGUUCUUAGGCAUAUAUAAAUAAAUACAAAUAUAGGACAUUUAGCAGAUUUGGGAUUUCAGAGUUCCUGUGGCCUUUGUAGAACAGCCAGAACAUGUGAGUUACUUGACUGAGUGUGAAACAUGCAUUUCCACUCUGAUUAUUGUGAAUAUUUAGAUUCUUAUCGACACAAAUCCCUACUUUUACGUUAAAUAAGGCUGAUGAGCUAUUUUUCUACUAUCAGAAAAUAUUAAAAAAGUGAAUCAUUUAAAGAAUAUUAGUUAGUAGAGAACCCUGCGGGGUUGGUGUGAUUAGUUUCCAGCAAUUCUUAUUAAUAAGCAUUGUUUCUCUGAUGUCAUACAUGUAAUGGCAAGGAGAUAUUUUAUAUCCGUGCAGGUGUAACUGCAGGUUCCAUUGCAUGCUGUAUUGCAACAUUUUAGUUUUUGCACUAAGCCUUUUUCAGCUGUUAUAGGCUGUUGCUUACCAUGGCCAAAAUCCAGAUAUCCAGAUGAUCAAGUAGUCUGUCCUAAACUGAGCUGAAAUCUACUACAGUGGAUCUAGAUUGUGGAUAUCUGGUGUGCCAAAAAUCAUUCAGGUCACUGUGUCCUUGCUGGUAUAAUGUUUAUAUUUUAUCAUGUAAUUUGUGGUUGUAUGAAGACAUAGAACUAUGUUAGAGGAGUGUACAUUUGAAUUGUUGAAAAUUAUUUAUGUAUUGAUGAUAAAAAAACUAAAAACUUAUUAGCACUCUGGCAUGCAUGACAGUCUGAUAAAUCCAUGGCCUUUUACUUGUUCGGAGGAUGGUCUCUGAAUAACACUAACUCUUUUACCAAGCGGCAUUUCAGCGUUCACAUGUUUUAAAGUGUUUGAUGUUCAAAUUAGUUUUCUUGACACCCUGGUUUUAAUUGCUCUCUAAAUAUUUGCAGUCGCUGCCUGCUUGGCUGCCUGGAUAUUGUUUAGCAGAUCUGAAGAACACCCAAAUUUGUCUUCAGACCAGUUUUACAAAUUACAUUCAUGCCUCCAGGUUGCCAUAGGCACAGUCUGACAGGAUAAGGACUCCUGAGAUCAAAGGUCAACACAUUUUGUCACAUCAAAGCUUGUUUUUUUCCGUUAUUUUACAUCUGUUAUUGAAAGAUAUUGUAUAUGUUAUUUUUCUGGUUUUUGUUUGACAUUAGUUACUGUAUGGAUAUUUAUAUACUUUGUAGUGCCUGUAUGUGAACCACCCUUUUUAUUCUAUUAUUUUGUCUUUAUUUUAUUUUUUGUCUUUCAGCAUUACACAGAAAAACUGAUGCUCCAAUGUGGCAACGAACCAUAUUCAGUGACCGAGAGCUUUAACUUGUCUUGCAUUCUUGCUAGUUUUGAGUUAUUGGCUAAUGAGACUGUCACAUCUGGAUGUCAAAGCACAAGGUGAUGCCUUUAACACAUAUGCUUGUAUUUUGUUGUUAAAAGUGAGAAAAAAAAGGGUCUUUGUCGAUUGUAAGCUUUGUAGAUAAAGUUAAUUCUCCCUUUGCUCCAAACGUGGAACUUUUUGGUUCUGAUGUCUGAUGAGAAGAUGUUGUGUCUGCCUUGUCUCAAAAUAGAUUAAUCUGUCUGAAUGUUGCAUUACACACACACACACACACACUCCUCUGAGUUGCUAAUAUUGCACAGUAUAGAAUAGGAGACACAUCAUGCCGGAUUACUUGUACUGGAGUUCAUUCCCAUGCAAAUUUGUGCAGUCUGUUACUUCAGAUAUAUCUUUUGUGGUGUUUGAGAGAUGCAUUUUGUGAUGUCCAGUUUUUUGCUUUUUCUAUUAGGUUGAGUGCUAUCAUCAACACUUUCUCACCUACACACUACAAAUCAAGCGGAGAUGACUGACACAUUUAAAACUGUUGGAAACUAACUUGAAGCGAUGAUGUGUGGAUACUUGCUAAACUGAUGGAAGAUUUGCAUAAGAUUAAAGUUGCAUCAGCUCCCGUCUGUCAAAAACAUA